UCCCACCACACCUCUGGCUCCUCCCACCACACCACCCAGCAGCUCUCUGGUGGGCUCUGCCUUUCUGUGCCGGAGACCGAGGAGGGAAGGAGGCAAGGAGGGAAGGGGGCAAGGCGGCGGGGUGUGUGUGUGUUGCCAUGGGGAUGAAAGGUCCUCCAAGCAGCUGCUGAUUCGCUGGCGCCGCACAGCACCAUUUUCUCCCCUUCUUCUCCCUCGCCACGCCGUCCAAUCACAGGGCGGAUCCUGGAGGACCUUUUCCCCAGAGGACCUGCCGCCGCACGCCGGGAAGCGUGGAGGACGUUGCAGGAGAGGACACACGGUCCUGUGGAGGACGUUGGAGGAGAGGAUUUCAGCAGAGGGCCAGAAGAUGCCUUUCAGCUGCUGAGUCCGAGGGCUCUUCCUGCGUCAGCCAUGAAGUCGGAUGGUCUGGGGACUGCUCACAAGUCAGAAGACGGACAAGCGUCCAAGGCGAAGGUUGUGAGGAAGCUGGCGACAAGGCCAAAGACGUCGACUGGUGCGGCAGUGUUGAAUGGUGGCGGAACGGCGGCGGCGGCGGCAGCGACCAGGCAGCCUAUCGCCAGCGGACACGCUUCUUCUCGCUCGCGCGAGGUCAAGGUGGCUGAAAAGAAGCCGAGCACGAGACCUAAAACUUCUCCUCCAAGUUGCACAGCAGCGAGGACGGCCAGGAGCUGGACUGCAAACAACGCCACUCACCACGUCGCUUCGUCCACGUCAGGCGGGGCCUCGCCGGAAAACGGCGCCGGCAGCCCUCGAAACGGAACUCCCUCCCUCCCAGGAGUGAAGCCCAAACAGCAGGCCAAGCUGGUUAAAAAACCAACACCAACAAAGUCAGAGUCCACAAAAACCAGCAGCUGUCCUCCCAACAAGUCCAGGGUAGGAGAAAGUGUCAAAGUCAAGACAGCAGAGGGCGCUGUAGCUGCAUCAAGAGCAGAACUCAAAGGUAAAGGAGUCCAAGCCAACCAUGAUGCCAAGCAUGGACCUAUUGGGAAAAGGCUGACUUUGUCCAGGAAAGAUUUAGACGGCAAGGAAGGCAUGAAAUCAUCCCCACCAAACAAACCACACAGUGAAACUACCAAGAAGGUUCUCACUGGAGCCUCACCUAGACCCACCAAAGUCUCUUUAACUCCCUCAAAGCAACUUUCAAGCAAGUCAGGAACCAAGCUGAAAAGUGCAACUGAGACUACUGCCAACACUGAAAAAGCCUCAUCAAAAUCCGGAGCAACGUUUAGAACUACUAAAGUGCCAGCUGAGGCGAAAGAUUGUGACAAAGGUGAAGAUUUGCACCAUGAAUCUGAAUCUUGUCCGCAUAAAAAUGAUGGUCGCAAGGGGCUGGCUAGCCCUGAGAAGACAGGAGCACAACCACUGAGGCAAGGCCAAGAUUCACUCAGCCUUCAUCUGGACCCAACAUCUACUCCCAGUGUCCAGAAGAAUGAAAUGCAGUCCGUCACCUCAAAUGGGGCAAAGGACCUUCGUGCUGCACCGCAAGAAGUCAGAUCCGUUAUUGCUGUUAAGCAACCUGAAAGCAACACAAGGCUUCGCUCUCCAUGUACCCCCAUAGACACCCCUUGCAGUAUGGGAAGCACAGGUACGCCUCUGGAGGACUCCUGGAGUAGCCACCAUCGAGUCAGCCCUGCGUCUGAAACUGGCAGCACACACUCCACAUCCUCAGACGACAUCAAGCCCCGCUCCGAGGACUACGAUGCUGGAGGCUCUCAAGACGAUGACUGCUCCAAUGACCGAGGCGUGUCCAAGUGCGGCACCAUGCGCUGCCAUGAUUUCUUGGGGCGCAGCAGCAGCGAUACCAGCACCCCUGAGGAGUUAAAGAUGUACGAAGGUGGGGCGGGGCUGAGAGUUGAAGUGAGGCUGCGUGGACGGGAGGUGGAGACCACCAGUGAGGAGGAGGGAGUGAAACGCCGUCCCCGUUCGUGGUUGCAAAGGGAAGAGCAUUCAGGCGCUGUUAAAGCCACCGACAGUGUCGCCGAACACCAAACCUCCGAGGACGAGGAAGAUGAUGAAGAAGAAACAGAGGAAGAGAGGUCUGAGGUAGAGGUGAUCCCCAGUCAGGGUCCAACUGAACCCUCGCCACAGUUCCAGGGCAUCAUCAACCUGGCGUUUGAUGAUGAAACUCUGGACCAGGAAAACGAGCAGCCAGACUUCCAGUCGACCUCCAACUUCCGUCGGUCCAUUUUACUCUCUGUGGACGAAUGUGAGGAGUUGGGCUCAGAGGAAGGCGGCGCCCAGACCCCCCAAGACCCAGACAAUUCUGCCAACCCAGGUGAUGUUUUUGAGUCGGAUUCUGUAACUCCUCAGUGCCAUUGUGCUUCGUCCCACUCGCCAAGUCAGUGUGAACGUUCAGGUAUCACGUGCACAGAGCAAAGUGAGGAACAUCAAGAGGAGUCCUUGGUAUUUCUUUCCGAGCUUGAAGAGCAAACGCAAAAGGACGCAGAAAGGAGCAGCCCCCUUCUGCCUAGCGCUGACACCAAAGACCCCCCGCCCCAGGAGCGGCCAUGUCACCUCGACCUGCGGCACGCUCCACAGUACACUAACGGUACACCUCAGAAAAGUCAGGCAGAAACCCAGCUGGACUUCCAUGAGCCACAAAUGACAGGGGCCUCUCCCGUUCAUGAUGCACAAUCUCCGGCAGGCCACAUUGCUUGUGACAGAUUGGAUCUAAGCGGCAAACAUGAGCGGACGCCGCCCAAAGCCCUCUCCCCCAUUUACGAGACGGACGCGGGGGAAGCCUUUGAGCGCCGCACGGACAGGAACAUUAGACGUCAGGCGGAGGAGGAAGGAGAGCCGAGAGGGGACGAUGAGCACGGCUUUGCCGAGCAGGACUGGAGCCUGCUCAAGCAACUCCUCUCGGACCACCAGUCCAAUCUGGGCGUCAUAAACCCGGUGCCCGAAGAGCUGAACCUGGCCCAGUACCUCAUCAAGCAGACGCUGUCCUUGUCGCGGGACUGCCUGGACACCCGGGCCUUCCUGUCCCCAGAGAGGGAGACGUUCAAGCGCUGGGCUGAGCUCAUCUCGCCCCUGGAGGACUCGUCCACCAGCAUCACGGUCACCAGCUUCUCCCCGGAGGACGCCGCCUCGCCACAGGGGGAGUGGACCAUCGUGGAACUGGAAACACACCACUGACUGCGAGGAGGACCCUGCCUGGGGAGUGGACCAUCGUGGAACUGGAAACACACCACUGACUGCGAGGAGGACCCUGCCUGGGGAGUGGACCAUCGUGGAACUGGAAACACACCACUGACUGCGAGGAGGACCCUGCCUGGGGAGUGGACCAUCGUGGAACUGGAAACACACCACUGACUGCGAGGAGGACCCUGCCUGGGGAGUGGACCAUCGUGGAACUGGAAACACACCAGACUGCGAGGAGGACCCUGCCUGGGGAGUGGACCAUCGUGGAACUGGAAACACACCACUGACUGCGAGGAGGACCCUGCCUGGGGAGUGGACCAUCGUGGAACUGGAAACACACCACUGACUGCGAGGAGGACCCUGCCUGGGGAGUGGACCAUCGUGGAACUGGAAACACACCAGACUGCGAGGAGGACCCUGCCUGGGGAGUGGACCAUCGUGGAACUGGAAACACACCACUGACUGCGAGGAGGACCCUGCCUGGGGAGUGGACCAUCGUGGAACUGGAAACACACCACUGACUGCGAGGAGGACCCUGCCGCCCAAACGAGACUACAUAUUUAGCCAUUCCAACCAUACUACUCCUGGUUUAUUUAUUCUAGCCAAUCAGUGGGGCCGUUAUGCAUGCAGACGUGCCUUCAUGUCGGACUCAUGCCCCAAAAAAGUGGAGGGAAAGGUUCUCUCAUGACAGUUUGACUUUGAAGGUAGAUCAGCCUUUACGAAAAACCAUUAUCGGAUAUAACCUUGCCUUUUGUGUCCAGUUAUAAAAAUAAAGGUUUGUGUCGAAGCAGAGUUGAAGUGGUUUAUUGUCAGGAUGCGGACUUACUUGGUCUUAUGCCAUGUGCCGCUUUUUUCUGUGGAAGACUUGUUUUUGGACAGUGGUUGAAGACCUGGUUCACAUUUCCCGGAAGUGAAAACACUUUGCCCGCCAUUAAUUCCAAGCGGGCAACACAGGUAACCUAUUUGGGACUUACGUUAAAGCGCCUCCAAAAAUCCAUCCAUCCAUCCAUUUUCUACCGCUUGUCCCAUACGUGGUUUCAGGGGGUGCUGGAGCUUAUCUCAGCUGCAUUCGGGCGGAAGGGGGCGUACACCCUGGACAAGUCACCACCUCCUCACAGGGCCUCCCCAAAAAUGAAAACAUUUAAAAGCAAUACUGAAGUUUACGCAUGUUUUAAAUAAAAGUAACGUUAAUACAUUUUCAAGACCUUUCAAAAUUGUA